AUGUCUCCAGAGUCCCAUGCUUCGCCUGACCGCCCAUCCCAGGGCCAAGGUACUGAGCAAACACUCGCACCACUCAGUGAUGUCCAUGAACAGUCCACUGUCGCAGCCGAGCAUACCACGGAUGCUAUCCGACAGCUGCCAUCCCAAGACAGCGCCAACCCUCAGGGCGCUAAGCACGAUGUCACCGUUGCUGUCAGCAGCGAUCCCCUCGAUCUGGGAAGACACCGCCGGGAUGAUGUGACGCAGAAGCAAAUGAAGGCCGACUAUCCCUUGGCCAAGCCUAGGCACAUGAAGAAGUUUUACAAUCGCCAAAACGCCCUCAUUGACCAGUUUCUCCAGAGCGGCGACGAGGAGCGCUUGGCUGCCCUCGACCAUCUCGAGAAUGGCCCCAAGGUGCGCUUCGCCGUCAACGCCUCCUUUGUCGUCAACUUUUGCCUCUUCAUUAUCCAGCUCUAUGCUGCCAUAUCCACCGGUUCGCUGUCGCUGUUUGCAACCGCCGCAGACGCCUUCAUGGACCUGGUGUCGUCGAUCGUCAUGCUCAUCACGUCCCGCAUGGCAGCUAGGCCAAGUGUGUACAAGUAUCCGGUUGGCCGAACCCGUAUUGAAACAAUCGGAAUCAUCAUGUUUUGUUGUUUGAUGACUACAGUGGCCAUCCAGCUGAUUAUUGAAUCUGGACGCUCCUUGGGCGCUGGUGAAUCAAAGUCGGAAGAACUGCACAUUAUCCCCAUUGCCUUUGUCGCCACAGCAAUCUUCUGCAAAGGUUCGCUCUGUAUCUAUUGUUUCAUCUUCCGCCGGUACCCCGCAGUGCAUGUCUUCUUCAUUGAUCACCGCAACGACAUUAUCGUCAAUGCAUUCGGUCUUGCCAUGUCUAUUGUCGGCAGCCGCGUCGUCUGGUAUGUCGAUCCCAUCGGUGCCAUUCUCAUUGGUCUCUUGAUCCUUGUCUCGUGGGCGGCCAAUGCCUUUGACCACGUCUGGUUGCUUGUUGGCAAGUCGGCACCCAAGGACUUCAUCAGCAAGUUGAUCUACCUCGUCGUCACCCAUGACAACAGGAUCCAAAAGGUCGAUACCUGCCGCGCCUACCAUGCGGGACAAAAGUACUACGUUGAAGUCGACAUUGUCAUGAGCGAGGAGCAGCCUCUCAAAAUCACCCACGACGUCUCCCAGACCCUGCAGCGAAAGCUCGAAGGUCUAGCUGACGUCGAGCGCGCCUACGUCCACGUCGACUACGAAAGCGAACACGACAUUUUCGAAGAACACAAGCCCCUCUACGAAGUCACCCAGUCUCGCACCAUCAAAGAGCGCGCCAAAGGCUUGCGCUACCUCUUCAAGAAGCAGAAUCCAGAGGAGAAAGCUGCCUGA